AUGGAAAGAUGUCUGUUUCUGAACAAGUUUAGCUUGACGCUGCACAUUCAAAAGUGUACACCGUAUUUAUGCCCAGUAGUAAGUCUUGAUGUACUUAAUACUUCAACUUCAUUAAUUCUUGCUCUUUUUGAUUUGACUAGACUGGAGCUUAUGGAGUAUCAUAGCUAUGUGUUUAGCAAAAAAGUUGACAUUACUGAAGCCGAUGUUGUAGUAGAGAUUUGGUCGACAAUUCUAGAGAGAUUGUUCAGAAGAACGGUCCUUAGGAUAAAGUGGGGUGAGAGCAUAGGUAACUCCGGCAAUGUCUCUGAUAGUCCAGGCUUCAAAAUCGAUUUGAGAGUUGUCAAAGAUACUCUGUUGGUGAGGAAAAAGAAAGCCGACAAGGCUAAUUGCGAGAUCUCAAGGAUUGACCCUGAUCUUGUCAAGAUCACUAGUGAUGGAACAAAAUUACUAAUUGGGUCGAAGACUGUUUUGGAUAAAUUGCUUGAAGAAGAUCCUGAAAAAGCCAAAGAAUUUUCGGUGCUUGUCCCGCAACUUGUUGGUAAUAUAUUAUGGAACACACUACGCACACGCGAAAAUAAAAUUAGGCACCUGUGUAAUGCGCCUAGCACUGGCCUUAAAAAUACGCAAAUUGGUACCGUGAGCACUGUAAACAUUAUUUUUACCGAAUAUUAUUGUCAAGGUUUGUUACACCAAGAAAGUGAAUAUUCCCAGGGUUGCGCAUUCAUGAAUGGAAGGGGGAGUAUUAAUGAAAAGAAUAACAUCAUAAUGUGAAUAAGAGUGUACAUGUUUAAGAAUAUGAAAUGUCGCCAUCAUUUACCAAUGAAGACCAUCGGUG